GGCAGCGUGGACAGGUCUGCUUUGGUUCACUGGGCUCUAUCAUUCAUCUCCACAGCUGGUGACACAGGCACACAGGCCUUUUAAAUCAUAAGCCCAUCAGAUCAGAGACCAUGGGAGAGUGGAGUUUUCUGUCCUCUCUGCUGGACAAGGUCCAGUCCCACUCCACCGUCAUCGGGAAGGUCUGGCUCAGUGUGCUUUUCAUCUUCAGGAUCAUGAUCCUUGGAGCUGGAGCAGAGAAGGUGUGGGGAGACGAACAGUCGAAUAUGGUCUGCAACACCAAACAGCCUGGUUGCAAGAACGUGUGCUACGACCAGGCCUUCCCGAUCUCACACAUCCGGUACUGGGUGCUCCAGAUUAUCUUUGUGUCAACUCCGACGCUGAUCUACCUCGGCCACGUGCUCCACGUCAUCCACAAGGAGAAUAAGAUGAGGGAGCACAUGGCGACACAAGGGGAACUCGUCAAAGGUCCGAAGUACUCCGACGACAAGGGCCACAUCAAGAUUAAAGGCGACCUGUUGGGAAACUACAUGACCUCCAUCGUUUUCAGGAUCCUCCUGGAGGUCGGGUUCAUCGUGGGGCAGUAUUACCUGUACGGGUUCAUCAUGGACCCGAGAGUCGUCUGCACGCGAGCCCCCUGUCCCUUCACCGUAGAGUGCUACAUGUCUCGCCCCACGGAGAAGACCAUCUUCAUCCUCUUCAUGCUCGUAGUGUCCUGCAUCUCUCUGGUACUCAACGUGGCCGAGAUAGUCUACCUGGCGUGCUCUUGCUCAUCCAGACGAAGGGCGAAAAAGGUGCGGGUCAUUGCCCUUCACCUGGGGUCAAAUGGCGAGAAGCCCCGCCUCCAUGACGUCAGCCAGAGCACAGUCUGA